UAUAAAAUUUAGAUUGGAGGAGUAAUAAUAUCAAUACCAUUAAUUAAAUAUCAAGGGAGAAUCUAUAAGAUGCCUCCUGAUAUUUAAGGUGAGAGGUCAUUAGUUGAGUCAACCCUAAAGGGAGAGUUUAAAGAGCUUAAAGCGUUUGUAGGCGUGCCCGCGGCGCAGCAGCUGUCAAUGACGUCAGAAAGGCCGUCGCUCGCUACGUAAUCCCGUUGCUGUCACUCACGAGGAACCGGAACCAACCCCAGCAGUGCCUGCCUGCUCAGUACCGCGGGGUUUGAGCGCAUGAGACGCAGAGAAGAAUAACAAUGCUUAAAGGCCAUGUCUCGAAAAGGAAAACAAGCUCUCACCCAACCGAUCUUUAUGGCAGCAUCCCUCCGACAUGUCUGCCCAUCAUGUACCACCCAGAAUACAACAUCACCUUCAUGGGUUUGGAGAAGCUGCACCCUUUUGAUGCAGGAAAAUGGGGAAAAGUCAUCCGCUUCCUAAAAGAGGAGGGUUUCCUCACCGAUGCUGACAUCGUGGAAGCUCGUGAAGCCACAGAGGAGGAUCUGCUGGUGGUCCACACCAAACGCUAUCUGAACAAGCUAAAGUGGUCGGUCGUCGUGGCAACUAUCACAGAAAUCCCUCCUGUCCUGUUUCUGCCGAAUUUCCUGGUGCAGCGGAAGGUGCUGAGGCCUUUACGGACGCAAACGGGAGGAACCAUCAUGGCUGGAAAACUGGCUGUUGAGCGAGGAUGGGCCAUCAACGUGGGUGGGGGCUUCCAUCACUGCUCCGCUGACAGGGGCGGAGGCUUUUGCGCCUAUGCGGACAUCACUCUGGCCAUCAAGUUUCUGUUUGAGAGAGUGGAAGGCAUCGCCAAGGCGACCAUCAUCGAUUUAGAUGCUCAUCAGGGAAAUGGUCACGAGCGCGACUUCUUGGAGGACAGGCGGGUCUUCAUCAUGGACGUGUAUAACUGUCACAUCUAUCCCGGGGACGGGCACGCCAAGCGAGCCAUAAGGAGAAAGGUGGAGCUGGACUGGGGAACGGAAGACUCUGAGUACCUUCAGAAGGUGGAGCUUCACUGCGAGGGUUCCCUGAACGAGCUCCGCCCCGACAUCAUCGUCUACAACGCAGGGACGGACAUCUUGGAUGGAGACCCUCUCGGAGGGCUGUCCAUAUCACCUCAGGGCAUCGUGAAGCGGGACGAGAUCGUGUUCAGGGCUGCCAAACGGCGAGGCAUCCCCAUACUGAUGGUGACAUCCGGAGGAUACCAGAAACGGACGGCCAGGAUCAUCGCCGACUCCAUCCUGAACCUGAGCCAGCAGGGCCUGAUUGGAGGCGGAGCCUCACAGAGCGAGGGGGCUCCUCUGCGCUCGUCCCACAUGGAGAGCAGCUCUGGGUCUGCAGGCUCCACUUCCGUGCGUGUAUGAGGAGCUUCUGUCUGCACACGUCCUACUUGCACUCUUUGAACUUUUGCUUUUUUGCACAACAAAACCGUGUUCGGACAUUUUGUUUGAAGGUCAUCAAAGCUAAAACAGCUUUAAAAUUGACAGCCUCCUCCUGAAUCUGUGUAUCGUUUGUUUUUUCAACUCAAAAUCAUAAACGAAUCAUUUUUCGUUUAUGAUUUUAAGUUAAAAAAUGAAUGAACGAAUGAUACAGAUUCUGGCACUAAAACCAUGUUUACAUUUUGAUCAGAGAAAAUAGUUUUGUCUAAUUCAUGUUAAGGGGCUAGCUUUAGAGAGGUUUUUUGUCUCAGGAAAAGUGUGUGAAAAAUGACUUUAGUGUAGUAAUAACACAAAAACUACUUUAAUAAUCAUCUUCAUUAAUUGUAUAUCUGUUUAAAAUCCAGUCAGUCUUCUCAAACACAAAUGAAGUCAAACUUUUAGUGCCAGUCUGUGUGUUUGACAACUAGAACUUUCUAGUUUUGAAGCAUUUUCUAGGGGUGUAACAAAAAUCAAUUAAUUGAUUUAUUUUCCCUCAAUCCAUCCAGGUUGAUCCAAUUGAGACAAGCUUUAACUCAAAAUAUAACAUUAUAAAACAGUUUCAAAAUGAAAACAGUCGAUUAUGUGGAUAUUGGGUUGAGACAUGGUAGGUUUAUUUUACUGUAAAAGCAAACAUCAUAACAAACAACACAAUGUGACAACAGUGUAACAUGAUCCAGCCAUCAUUACAGUCCAAUGUGUGGAAAGUGAAUUUUACAAAGACGUGACCAUACAGUGUGGUUGAAUGUUCUAAUAAUGUUUGUAUUAUUUUGAUGUGGGGAAAACUACAGCGGGCUGAACUU